UUGUUAGAGGGGAAGGCCUGCUCCAGAAAGGGGAUGCAUGUGCCUCAUCCUGCUUUGGCAAGACAAAAAUAGCACCAGUCUUAUGAGUAAGAGUCAUUUUUGUGUAAGAAGGAGUAGAAGCUCAUAAUUUUGUAACACCCUUUUGCCUUUACAAAUAAUAUUCUUGCUUAAGACACUCUUGCAGCUUCUGUCGUUGUAGCCUGCAGUUCAUGUACCUGUUGCUGACGCUGUUGAAGUCGUGUGUAAACACGAAUUAUUCUGUUGAUUUUAGUCAAACGCCUCUGAUGAUAUCUUGGCAAUAGCACAUCAAGCAGGUAAUGAGGUGUGAGCAUCUUGGCAGCUCUCUUCCUGCUGUCCCAUAUACACUUGAAAAGAAUAGUCUAUUUCUCAGCAACUCUGCACUUAUUUCAUCUUGUCUCUCCAACUGAGAUGGAAAAAGAUUUUUGAGGAUGAGCUUAAUUUCAGAUCUGCAGGGUCUGUAAUAGAGCAGGGAUAUUUGGUGCUUGGCCUGUAGAGCUGUGUAAGAAGAAAAGUUUCUCUUUUAGUGCAAAAUGCCUUUAGAUCAUCAUAUUAGUGUAAAACUUGUUUGUUGCAAAGGCGUCCUGAAGUUUCAUAGCAAUAAAUACAAAACAUCCCCCUUUUUUGAAUAAUGUCACAUCUGAAGCACCUUAAGGAAUUUGUCUUGGGAAUCUGUGAGCUGGCAGUAUUCAUGUCCCAUCUGACCUCACCUGGCCAGGCAAUUGAGUGAUGACAAAAAUCCUGGAGAAAAAACAAACUGACUUCUGUUUGGGAGUUCCUGGAGCUAUUCCUGUUGGGAAUGAUGACGCUGCACUGCAGGUAACACAGCGACCUUUUAUGAGUUUAUGGCUCUUGUGAAGUGCUGAAGGGCAGGUGAUGUUUGGUCACCUGAAGGAGAGCAGAGAGAAGGGAAAGCUCCCUGCUUCCUUCUUGUUUCUGCUGGGAAUAGAACGUGAGUCACUGGAGUGCUGAAGCUCACAAGUGUGGGUGUACUGUCACAAUAACCUAAUUUCUUAGUAAUUUAAGACUGGCCAAUCCCACAAGGGUGGGAGAAUAGGAGGAAUCAUCCAAGAAGUCUCUCUGGGGCUGAAUCUCCCUGACUGGCAAGUGAUAAAGCAACUGUGGUUGUUCUGCCAUGAUCCUCCCUCACUCUGACUUGAGUGAUGCUGGUUUUAUAUCAGGUGCCUUUGCUACUUUUGGGCUUUAAAUUAAAAAACAAAGAAGCAGUGUAACACAAGGAAAUUAAAGUUGUCAGUUGUUUGAAGUCAGAAUAUUCUGAUUUUAUCAUGUUAAUUUAGAGACUGUGAGCUCCUGAUUUCAGAUCCUUUCCUAAUGCUUUGAGAAGGACACUAAAGUACUUUUCAGAAAUGAAGAGACAAAACAUCAUAAUAAAUGGCCAUACCUAUAAAUUGCUGACAGAUGCUGGUUUGAAAACUGAGGUGUGGGUUUGUUUUGGUAUGGAAAUACUUGACUUAGGUAUUUACUCUUCUUCAGUGGGCUGGAAUGCUUUGUACGACCCUGCAAAAUUGGUAGAGUCCUGUGCUGUUGGCUUUACACAGCAUUUAUGAUGCCAAGGAAAACCACAGUGCAGAAACUGCACUGGACAUCAUCACUUCCCUGGACUCCACUACUGCCGCUGCAGGACCUCAGGCCCUGGAGCCUGCAGGUUUCUCUGUGCCAACGUGUCCCCUUCAGUAUGUGGUGUCUUCUAGGAUGCUUUGCAUGUGGAAUGGAAAAUGGAUUCCGAGUUUAUAAUGCAGAUCCACUCAAAGAAAAAGAGAAACAAGAGUUUCUAGAAGGUGGUGUUGGCCACGUCGAAAUGUUAUUUCGUUGCAACUAUUUAGCACUAGUAGGUGGAGGAAAAAAGCCGAAGUACCCACCCAACAAAGUCAUGAUCUGGGAUGACCUGAAGAAGAAGACUGUCAUUGAGAUAGAGUUUUCCACAGAAGUCAAAGCAGUGAAGCUGCGAAGAGAUAGAAUUGUGGUAGUCUUGGACUCGAUGAUUAAAGUUUUCACGUUCACACACAAUCCCCACCAGCUGCACGUCUUUGAAACCUGCUACAACCCUAAAGGUCUCUGUGUCCUUUGUCCAAAUAGUAAUAAUUCUCUUCUUGCAUUUCCUGGAACACACACUGGCCACGUGCAGAUCGUGGAUCUGGCUAACACAGAGAAGCCUCCUGUGGACAUCCCAGCUCACGAAGGAGUCUUGAGCUGUAUCGCUUUAAACCUGCAGGGAACAAGAAUUGCAACAGCAUCAGAAAAAGGGACCCUCAUAAGAAUAUUUGAUACUUCAUCAGGGCAUUUAAUCCAGGAGCUACGUCGAGGAUCACAGGCAGCCAAUAUAUACUGUAUUAACUUCAACCAGGAUGCUUCCCUCAUCUGCGUCUCCAGUGACCAUGGCACAGUCCACAUUUUUGCUGCAGAAGACCCAAAAAGAAAUAAGCAGUCAAGUUUGGCCUCUGCCACCUUUCUCCCCAAAUACUUCAGUUCCAAAUGGAGUUUUUCCAAAUUCCAGGUUCCCUCAGGCUCUCCGUGCAUUUGUGCCUUUGGAACAGAGCCAAACGCUGUCAUAGCAAUAUGUGCAGAUGGCAGCUACUACAAGUUCUUAUUCAACCAAAAAGGGGAAUGCUCAAGGGAUGUGUACGCUCAGUUCCUAGAAAUGACAGACGACAAGCUUUGACUGAGGGGAGGGGAGUACACGGCUCAAAGCACUGCCUUGGCCCCCCUGCAUCUUUGAGGGACAGAUCUGAGUGUCCAGUACUGAUCCAGAAGUUCAGCAGAGCUCAUGGAGAAGCCUGGCUCAACGUAAUCACAAGCAGCUCUGAAGUAGUGGACUACAUAUGUUUGUUCUCAUUUCUGCAAGUAUUCAUCAUUAAAAUCUCUUUGAGUUACUGUCACCAACUCAAGUUUUCAAGAUGUGGCU